AAAGAAGAAGCGAGAAAACAAACACGAAAGAAUAUUUCGAGGAAGAAGAAAAUAAAGAUUUUGAAGGGUAGACCCCAUUAGAGAGAGAUCAAAAAGAAAGAUUUUUCCACACGCAAAGGGUUCCUCUUAUGGAUCAUGUCUUCAUCUAGUAGAGAGCUCUCGUUAUUGAUUUGAAGCCCUAAUGAGAUCAAUCGACCAUCGUCUAAUGGAGGAAUCGUCUUCCCUUUCUUCCCACUAUUUCUCUAUUUUUCCACGAACUACCCCUCUGCUUUCCGCCGUAUUAGCUUUCACCAUCGCACAAUUCAUCAAGUUCUUCACCACCUGGUAUAAGGAAAAGAGAUGGGAUCUGAAACGGCUUGUUGGGUCUGGAGGAAUGCCUUCUUCACAUUCAGCAACUGUUACAGCUCUUGCUAUGGCCGUUGGUUUACAAGAAGGCUUUGGAGGAUCUCUUUUCGCUAUGGCUUUCAUUCUCACUUCCAUUGUUAUGUGUGAUGCAACUGGUGUAAGAUUACAUGCUGGACGCCAAGCUGAGGUUCUCAAUCAGAUUGUGUAUGAACUUCCUUCAGAGCAUCCCCUCGCUGAAAGCAGACCCUUGCGUGAACUUCUAGGUCAUACCCUCCCAGGUCAUUAUGGGUGGGAUCCUGGGAACUGCUACAGCAGUUGUUGGCUACUUAGUCACCUUGACAGCCAAGUAGCCUAA